AUGCCAGAACAUGUUGUCCUUGACACUGAAUCAUCUAUUGUAGAUAAGAUUUUCCCUCUAGUCGAACAACUGUACCGAAUUCUUGCCAAUGCUUCUGGGAAACCACCCACACCACCACCUGAUGCAUCUGAUGGUAUUGAGGCCAUUGAACUCUUUAAAAAGCAACGAUUUAAUAUCAUUUUUGUUGAUAUCGACAUGCCUUACAAAAAUGGAGUGGAAGUAGCACGUGAAAUAAGACAGUAUGAGAGGGAACACAAUCUAGAUCAAACGCCUAUAAUAGGAGUGUCUGGAUUCACGGAGCGUCAGUACAAGGAACAGGCUUUUGCUGCCGGUAUGAACAAAUUUGUAUCAAAAGGAACAGGGUAUCAAUUGAAAGAUAUUUACAGAAUCGUUGUAGAAUACUGUGGAGAUCCACUUCGAGGCAAAACAGAUCGAUAA